AGUAGAGGAUCGUAAGGCUCCCGUUUGUUUUACUGAAACACCUACCGACAAACAACUUCAAAUAUCACAGAAACCAACUCAUUUACUGGAAGGUUUUCAUGUUUUCCCGCUGGAGGAUUCUGUAGUUUUGGUCUCAGUAGGUGGGGAUGACGUCACUCUCAGGUUUUUCUCGUCUGAUCCGAAGCUGAGACUCUGUCCAACAUGUCAAAGCUCCAGAGUCUCAUGCUGGUUUGGGUUCUGCUGCUCGGUUCCUGGACGGCAGACGGAGCUCAGAACAGAUCGGAGGUCAGUUUUCCCUCCAGCAGAGACGUCGUGGCGAAGGAAGGGUCCAGCAUCGUCAUCGAAUGCAACGUAACCGACGGCAACCAUGAAGUGAAGUGGUUUAAUCCUAAAGGAGCUCUGCUGGCCAACGACGCAGGUGGGAAGUGGCGGCUUGAAGAAGGCGUCCUGAACAUCACCGUGGUUUCCUUCGACGACCGCGGCCGCUACACCUGCAUCGCCGGCGGUGCCAGAAACUACACAGUGACCCUCCGAGUGGCCUACACCGACAGCGGUCUGGGGCUUUACUACGUGGUCGUGUGCCUGGUGGCCUUCACCAUCACCAUGAUCCUCAACGUGGCCCGGCUCUUCAUGGUCAGCAGCCACCUGAAGAAGACGGAGAGCGCCAUCAAUGAGUUCUUCCGCACCGAGGGCGCUGAGAAGCUGCAGAAGGCCUUCGAGGUCGCCAAGCGAAUCCCCAUCAUCACCUCGGCCAAGACACUGGAGCUUGCCAAGGUCACGCAGUUCAAGACCAUGGAGUUCGCCCGGCACAUGGAGGAGCUGGCUCGGAGCGUCCCACUGCCACCGCUCAUCCUCAACUGCAGGACGUCCGCCGAGGAAAACCCGGCGUCCGAACCGGCGGAGGCAGGAAACAUUCAGACGAUCGGUCCACCAAACUCUGACAGGAAGGAAGACGAAGAUGAGGCGUUGAUGUCAAGAGAAAGACGAGGAAACGACGGCGUCGACGUCAAAGUGUCGGUUCACACAGUUUCUGAGGAGAACAUUGGUGAGGAUACAGUGAGUCUUGAUGUCCUCAAACCAGGUUCAAGAACAAGUGUUUCGUACGAGAGCAACAUAUAAUCCGACUCGGAAACAGAAAGUGAGUUAGAUAGCAAGAAAUCCAUAGAAAAUCAUUGGUUGGUUAUUGUUUAAUAUUUGAAAAGUCUGACCUUUAAGUUUCUAGAAGAUGUUUCAGCUUCAUCCGGGAGACUUCAGUCGUCCUCAUCAGUCAGUCAGAACUGAGUCCAUUGCUGUCAAAGUGUCGGUUCAGAUAGUUAUUGAGGAGAACAUUGGUGAUAGUCAAGAAACCAAAAUGAAUUGUAAUGUCCUCAAACCAGGCUCAAGAACAAGUGUUUCUUAUGAGGGGAACAUAUAAUCCAUCUCAGAAACGCAAGGUGAGUUACAGACGAAAUCUUCAGAAAACCAGGGGCUUGUUAUCAUUUAGUAUGAAGAGAUUCUGACUUUGAGGUUCUUCAAGAUGUUUCACCUUCAGGCUUCAGUCAUCCUCAUCCAUCAGUUAGAACUAAGUGGCUUGAUGUCAAAGUGUCGGUUCAGAUAGUUUUUAACGAGAACAUUGGCGAUAGUCAUGAAACCAAAAUGAGUUGUAGUGUCCUCAAACCAGGUUCAAGAACAAAUGUUUCGUACAAGAGCAACAUAUAAUCCGACUCAGAAACACAAAGGGAACUAGAGAUCAAGAAAUCAAUAUAAAAUCAUGAGGCAGCUUAUCGUUUAGUAUUUAGAAAGUCUGACUUUUAGGUUCUUGAAGAUAUUUCAUCUUCAGGCUUCAGUCAUCCUCAUCCAUCCGUUAGAACUGAGUCCAUUGAUGUCAAAGUGUCGGUUCAGAUAGUUUCUGAGGAGAACAUUGGCAAUAGUAAAGAAACCAAAAUGUGUUUUCAUAUCCUCAAACCAUGUUCAAAUACAAGUGUUUUAUGAAUAACAUACUAUCUGUCUCAGUCCCAUCAGAGACACAAAGCAAGAUCAAGAAAUUACUAAAAAAUCAUAGAAAUUGGUCAUCGUUUAGUAUUUAGAGAUUCUGACUCUAAUAGGAGCUUCAGUAGGAAACAACUUGACAUCUUUUUUAGGUUCUUGAAGACUUUUGCCUUCAUCCAAGAGGAAUCAAUCAUCUUCUUCAGUCAGUUAGAAGGGAUUGUGUUGAUGUCAAAAUGUCAGUUCAGAUGGUUUCUGAGGGGAACAUUGGUGAGGUUUAAGAAACCAAGAUGUGUCUUGAUGUCCUCAAACCAGGUUCAAGAACAAAUUUGUCUUAAGUAGUUAUAGGUCAAGAAAUCAUUAGAAAUCAUGAGGCUGAUUGUAAUUUAGAAUUUAGAGCUUCAGUCGAAAACAACUUUAUUUCAGAAAACGGAUACAAUAUACAACCUAUAUUGUGCUUCGGGACCCAAAACUAUGUUCUGUAAAGCAUUUUGACUGAAUUUGAAGGGUUUCAUAUAUUUUCAACUUGGGAACUUUAUUUUUAUUCUCAAAAAUACAACAUCUUACCCGGGAAUCCAUUUUAAGGGUUUAAGAUCUCCAGAAAUAAAACAACCACAAAAUCUGGUGACGUUUCAUCUUCAUCCAAGAGUCUCCAUUGAUCCUCAUCAGUCAGAACUAAAGAAGCCACAUGGAUGAAGGUCUUCAAGAACCUAAAAGAAAAGUCCAGUUACUUUCUGUUGAAGCUUUUGGGAUUUGAAUGACCCAGAUGAAUGAGAAUCUAAACAGAUUCUGCUCUUAUUGAAUCAUUUCUCUGAAUCUUGUUUAAAAAGUCUGACUGCAUCUGUUACAGUCAUCCUUCCUCCUUAACAUUUAUUUUCAUCUUCCUCAAGUUUGCAGUAGACUCCAGUUUUUCAUAUUUAUUCUUGAGCAGUGAUGUUGAAGGAACUGCAACAAGUUCAGGUUUACUUUCUAGAAUCAGAAAACUGUUUCUGAAAAAGAGGAUUAUGAAGGAACCUGAGGAGACUGAAGAAGAUUCAACAGGAUUUUUGGUCAUAUUCUAAUCAGGAACACUGCAUUUACAUGAUAGUUUGCUAACAUGCUUCGUAUUUUAUUCUUAUUUUUGCUGCUAGUGCUGGUUUCCCUCUUUAGCUGAGUCUUUCUGAUUUAAGAGUUCAUUAUCCUCCUUCAGAUGUCGUUUGCUGCUUUUCAUUCUGUUGACUUUGACAGUCAGUCUACAGAGCUGAACGCUGCAAUAAAACAUCCUACUUAUCAGCGUGUUGAUUGUUUCCAUGUCAGCGCUCCUGUCAGUCAUUUAAAACUCACGGGAUGAAGUCAGCUAAUCCCCAUAACACUUGAUUAUCGUCUCCGUGUCGGCUUUUGUUGAUCAGGACGGCGGUUAAUUGCAGGUUGGGUAUGGCUUUAAAGUGACAACAAAGGAAGUGAACAUUUAAAAUGAAGAAAAUGCAGAAGAAAUCUGAAAUAUUAGAAAGAAUUUUGGAUAAAGUGACCAGAAAUCUACCUGCGACUCUCACCUCUGUGAGACGGUGACAUAUAAAUGUGAUUAAAUUGACAUCAGAGCUCCACAGCGUGUCAUCUGUGAUGGAAAAUGUCUGAAACUUUGUGCUCAUAAAUAUUCAGGUGCAAUCGAUCAUGUUUUGUUGGGUGGAGGUUGUCGAGAAUCAGGGACUUUCAUUUGUUAUGAUGAAGUUUGGUGUCUGUAUUUAUGGUGAUUUAUCUUGUUUGUUUGGCACAUUUAGCACGUAGACGCUCAUGACAAGAAGACUGUAACUUUAUGAGACUUGAGCAAGUUUAUUGAAGUAUAGAAGACAACUAGUAAGUUUCUAAUUUAUUGUUUUGUUGAGAGUUUUACACAUAUAUGAAUGUGAAUACACAGAUCAACCAUAUUCUAGGUAAAGUUGAGAUAUGUUUGCUAUAUUCUAGUAAAAAUAGAUCAUACACAUGUUUUAGUUGUUUGAUAGAAUCAGUUUGUAAUCUGUUUUAGAGCCCGAAAAUUAAGUUGGAGGCCAAACGAAUCUUCAGAAACCUUUAUAUAUAGCGUUUUUUUUUUGUUUGUUUUUUUUACUGUGUCUCAGCAGGAUAUUUAAGAAAACUGCAUCCAUAAGCUACACAAACUGUGACUUGAAACUUGAAAAUUACAGUUGAACAAGAGAUUUUUGGGACUGUUUUGUAUGUUCUGCAGAUACUUUAUGAAUUUCUGGGUGAAAUGGGUUCAUAUUUAAAGGUGUUUGAGUAAUGAAAAGUUGUGCUGGCAAGAUUGUUUUUGUGGACUGAGCAGUGAAUUUCAGAUAAUAAACAAUAAACACGAUCAAUAACUUGGA